ACCGUGUUCUCAAUGUUGGCUCUGGCUAGCGCUCUCAACAAGUGUUUCAACGUUUGUUCAAAAGCUUUCACUUGCCUGGAAUCCAUUCCUUCUUUAAGUCCAGCCGACCGCGAGAGUUACAGCCUCUUGGCAUUGGAUAUUUUCACCAAAUAUCCACCCAAAGAUGGUCGAUCUAGCCAGAUUGAAUGCCCCCACUGCGCAACUGAUAUUCAAGACUGGUCGAAUAACUGCCCGGAAUGCAACAAUCGAUUCUCAAGUUGCGUGGCUACAGGGAGACCUUUAAUGGAUACUUCGUUGAUUUGGACUUGCAGAGUUUGCAAGCAUAGCGCUGCAGAGCACGACGUGCUUACAAGAAAUUCUUGUCCACUUUGUCAUUCCCCUAUUUAAAACGCUGGAUUUUCCACCAUGAAUGUAUCAAAACUGUUAAUUUAAUCCGUCCACACAUUCGUGUCAUCCAUAUCAAAGCAGAUCUCAAAAUGAUUUUCAUAGCAUUGAUAAAUGAUCGUGAUUGCAUAAUAAUGCAUAUAGAAACACAUUUACGCUCUGUGUAAUGAUUCGCCCUUUUUAAGUCGGAUUUGUAUUUGAAACCGACAGUAUUUAUUUAUUGUUUGUCUAUGCUCGUUAGGUCGUGCAUUUUUUUUUGUGGGAUUAACGCUGAAAUAUAUAAGGGAAUCUUGCUAUC